CUUAUUUGUCUGUGGGUAAAACUCGAAAAAUAAAAAUAAAAAUAAUAAACAAAAGUUGUACUGUACGAGUUUUUCCAGUGCUUUUCUAUUUUCUAACAAGAAAACUAUUGUUUAAUUAAACAUAUUCUUUGAAAAAACGUUGUGAAAUAUUGAAUAGAAAACAUUUAUACAUAAUAGUAUCACUUGACCUGACCAGAAGCAAAACAUGCCGGCGAUUAUUUCAGUUCCGUAAAUAAUUUAUGUUUUCUCACAGAAAAUAAUUCUUAUUAUGUGUUUAACUCAAUUUUAAUUAAGUUAAAUUCAUAUUAAACUCUCGUAAAUAAGCUAUUUAUACACUGGAUAAAUAAGUACAUUAAGGUUUCUUUACAAAUGAAUCAUUGGAAAUGAAGUAAAUUUUAGUCCAAGAAAUUUUUAUAAAAAAUGAAUCCUGAAACGAAAUGGAAGACAGAUGAAAUGAAUCGCAACAUUUGCAGAGUUUGUUUAACGAUAAAUACUUGCACAUUUAUGAUUGGAAACACUAAUUUACAGAAUGUUUACGAAAGAAUUGCUGAUGUUAAACUAAAUGCUUCACCAGAAUUACAAUAUGCUUGCUAUGUUUGCUACGCAAGACUAAAGCAAUGUGAGAGGUUGAUCCGACAGGCCAAGUUGACUGAGGAGCUUCUAAAAGAGACAAUAAUCAAUGCUGAAGAGCUCCAGAAUGCAGUAAAACACCAACAAUGUAAAUUAAAGAUAUACUCUGUGGUCAACAUAAAUGUGGAUCCCUGUGAAGUACAAACAAAAGUAGAGGAAAAGGAAGAGUAUCUGAAAGAAGAAGACAUUAAGAAUGAAGCAGACUUGGAUUUAGUUGAGCGAGAUACAAAUGAAGAUUCCGAAACAGAGAUCAGAUCAGAUGUAGAAAGUAAAGUUGAUAAAUCUUCUGAUUCCGAAGAUGAUAUUCCUCUGAGAAGUAUAAGAUCAAGGGUUACCAAGAGAGACAAAUUACAGAAGGAGAGAAGUAAAAAGAUUAAGCAGAAUAAAGAUGCAAAGCUAGAAGCGAAAGAGCUGCACCUAGAUGAGAAGCAGCAAAUGGAGGAGCUGAUGCAGCGCUCCAAGUCGCUCAACUACCUCAACUCGCCGUACAAGUGUGACCUCUGCUACCGAGGGUUCAGGGACCCCACCGCCUACAGCAAGCACAAGGAUAAACAUGACCUGAAAAGCGGCCACCUAGAGUGCAAGAUCUGCCGCCUUCGCUACAGCAGUCGACAGGCCCUCAACUCUCACAGCAUGGCGGCACAUUCUCGAAGGUUUAUAUGCGGCAGCUGCCCACAUAUCAGCCUCACCAAGAACCAAGCCGUGGUCCACGAGCGUUGGCACAACGGCCACCAGUACCCGUGCAAGUUAUGCGACAAACGGUUCAUCAAACCCACCAGCUACCUCUCCCACAUGCGCAAAGCGCACUGCAACUUGAGCCAGCACGUUUGUCACAAGUGUGGGGAGAGCUUUGCGGGCAGACAUGGACUACUGAUGCAUAUGAGCAAGACUCAUAGACACGACGACGCGGAACCAGAAGUAGUGGCAGAUCCCACUUCUGAUAGCUACUGUAAGGAGUGCGGCAUCCAGUUCCUGACUCUAGACGCGUACAACCUCCACUUGCUGUCUUCUCAGAAGCACAAACAGGCUGUAUGGAAAGACAACGGGUCAAAGUGCAGGAUAUGCGACAAGCCCGUGAGUCAAUUCGACCGCACGCGGCACGAGCGCAUGCACGCCAAGGAGUUGAAGCCGCGCGUCGCUGACGUCGUCGACGCCGCGCCUCCCACCAUCGAGAUACCUUGCCCCCAGUGCAGCAAGACAUUCACGAGCCGCUCGAAGUUGCAAAUGCACAUCCGACGCAUGCAUCUCGGGCAGCGCUACAACCGGAACGUGGUAUGCGAAGUCUGCGGAAAACACUGCACGUCCAACGCGACGCUCCGCUACCACCAGCGCGCGCACACCGGCGAGCGGCCGUACGCCUGUGCACUGUGCGCCGCGCGCUUCGUGUCGCGCGAGCACUGGCGCCUGCACCAGCGCGUGCACUCCGGCGAGCGGCCCUACGCCUGUGCACUGUGCGGGCACCGCUUCGCGCAGAAGCCCGCGCUCAACAGGCACUACAUAGUGAGUCGCGCACGUCGCGGAACAUGUAUCAUCGGUAGCGUCAUCAUCGUGUGCGUGUCCCGCGAGCACUGGCGCCUGCACCAGCGCGUGCACUCCGGCGAGCGGCCCUACGCCUGUGCACUGUGCGGGCACCGCUUCGCGCAGAAGCCCGCGCUCAACAGGCACUACAUAGCACUACAUAGUGAGUCGCGCACGUCGCGGAACAUUUUAGGUAUCAUCGGUAGCGUCAUCAUCGUGUGCGUGUCCCGCGAGCACUGGCGCCUGCACCAGCGCGUGCACUCCGGCGAGCGGCCCUACGCCUGUGCACAGUGCGGGCACCGCUUCGCGCAGAAGCCCGCGCUCAACAGGCACUACAUAGUACAUACCGGGGCGAAGCCCUACGAAUGCCAUCUCUGCAACAAGUCGUUCACGCAGUCCGCCUCCAUGAAGAAGCACAUACAGCGGGUGCAUCUGCGCCAGCCGCAGAACAGGAACAAAAAUGGCGAACAAACGGACAAAAAUAGCUUAGAUGUUACUGUGAAUUAAUUGAUAUCAAUUCAUAUAAAUAAAAAAAAUUGGUUGCCUGUAAAUUCGGUAUACGGGCGAAAGUUUUACGUGACAACGACUUUGAGUGGUAAAAUAAUUUUAAUGUAAAUAUUGAAUAUUCAUAAUUUGAACCGGUGUGUAUGCCUAUCUCUCUCACUCUCUCUCUCUCGCUCUGUCUCUCUCGCUCUUAGGCGGGCUAACUGUGCUCGAGUGGAAGGGACGCGUGCCUUUCACUUUUUAUGUCUGUCUCUCUCGCUCUUAGGCGGGCUAACCAUGCCCGAGUGGAAGGGACACGUGCCUCUCACUCGCUCUCAUUGUGAGCGCAUAACGUGAGCGGAGCGUAACGCAGUUUCUUGAAGUGUCACCCGGCAAACCAAUUUAUAAGACGUUGUCACGUAAAAACGUGUUUCACUCGGGGACUUUAUCAACAUAUGCAAUUAUAAUUAUUUAUUUAUUUUAUAUAUGUAAUAUUUUUUCUUUAGAACAUAAUCAAUAAAUGAAAAAAAAUAGAAUUGUCUUUACAUUGAGUUGUAAUCGAACUUCUAAUAAAGAAAGUUUAAUAAG